AUGUCCGCAGCUGCGCUGUGUCCGUUCCUGCUGUAGGAUAGUGCUGCGCUCGCCGUUGAGUGAUAAGCCACAGCAGGCUGUUACACGCAGAAAAGGCCCUGAGACCAAGCACGCUUUCUUGCAACUAAACAAAUCGCCCAGGGCGACAGGUUUCAGCCUUUGAUUGUGCUAACAGUACGCGCGCAGUAUGGUAUUCGGCAUUGCACAACGGCCGCCCGCAAUUAUUGGAAAUCUCCCCGAGGAUAACCGAGUACCGACGUAUGUCGAAUCCAUUGCCUGCUGGAAGGUUAUGGGCGAGUAAGCCUAUUGACCGCCAACAGAGAGUGUAUCAAAUGAAAGCCAGCAUAAACCAAAGGCUCAUAGAAAGCGGAGAGCGAGACCGGUUAAAGGAGUUGCUGAGGACGAGACUAAUAGAAUGCGGUUGGAAGGACCAGUUGAAAGCAUACUGCAAAGAAAUCAUCAGAGAAAAGGGCGUAGAAAACGUGUCUGUCGAUGACCUUAUUGCAGCAGUCACCCCUAGAGGAAGAGCUACUGUGCCAGACAUCAUCAAACGUGAACUUCUUCACCAGAUCAAGAAUUUCCUAAUGGAUCAAGGAGGUAGUUGACUCCAUGGCUCAAGACCGCCCACGUAAAAAUGCGCUUGAUUGCGCAACUUGUGGCUUAGGACAAGCCACGUCGGAAUGCGCUUGAUUGCGCUUCAUGCGCAGCUUUUAUCACAAGACUAAUGGAGAACAUUAUUCGUUGACGCAUGCGUGAUGCUGUAUGAUAAACUUACGUUUAUGUGAA